AAAACAAUAUUACAAUAAUAAUAAUAAUAAAAAUAAAUAAAUAAAUUGAAGCACAAAACCCUUCCUAAAUAAUUCCUAUAAAUACCACCCUAUACCAUAUCAUAUCUCCACACACAAAUAAUCAUAAGAGCCUCUAUAGUAAUAUACAUUGUUAUUAUUAAUUAAUUAUAUCAUUCCUUUUUUCUCAUUUUUCUUCUUUGGUUUCAGCCAUUGCUAUGGAGAUGAACAACAAUAACAUCAACAACAACAAUGAAAACAAUGAUGCAAAUAGGAGGAUUAGUAGAGGAAGGCAAAAGGUGGCUAUGGUGAAGAUGGACAAUGAGAGCAAUCUCCAAGUAACCUUCUCAAAACGCCGUUCAGGGCUUUUCAAGAAGGCGAGUGAGCUUUGCACCCUUUGUGGGGUCGAGUUAGCCCUAAUAGUCUUCUCUCCCGGAAGGAAGGUUUUCUCAUUUGGACAUCCAAGUGUCGAAUUGGUGGUGGAUCGAUUUCUAAACCCUCAAAACUACCGUACAACAUCUGAAGCAACAAACUCAGGGACACUGCAGCUCAUUGAGGCUCACAGGAAUGCGAAUGUCCGCGAGCUCAACCAACAACUGACUCAUGUCUCGGGCCAGUUAGAUGUUGAGAGGAAGCAUGGUUCUGAGUUGAAGAAGGAACGCAAGGCGCGAGUUCCCACCCAUUGGUGGGAAAUUCCAACUGAGGCUUUGAAUGAUAUGAGGCAUUUGGAACAACUCAAAUCCGCUAUGGAGUUGUUGAGAAGGGCUACUACACAACAAGCUGAUCGAAUCUUGAUUCAGACUACUGCUAAUUCUAAUGCAAACUCGCUCUUACCACCUAAUUUUAAUAGCAUGAAUGUUAACACACCAUCAUUUUAUGGUGCUGUGACUGGAGGUGGUAAUAGUAAUGGUAAUAAAUCUGGAUCUGGAUCAGGAGUAUCCAAUAUGCUCCCCCAACAGCAACAACCUAAUAAUAACUAUCAUUGUUGUAACAAUAAAAACAAAAACAUCAUCAUCAACAACAACAAUGAUAGUCAUAACCAUAACAAUGAUGUUGUUGCUAAUAUUUCUUCUCUUAGUGCAACACAUUUGAUGCAGGCAGCUAUGAAUGGUGGUGGUGUUGGUAGUGUCAAACAUGUCAAUAUGGCUCAUAAUCUUCAUCAAGCUGGAAGAACCAUCAAUAUGCCUCCUCCCAAUACUAUUCAACUUAAAUCUUCUCCUACCAAUAGUGAUGGUGGUAACAACAAUAUUAAUAAUCAUAACAAUCAUAUCAACCAUUUCAAUUUCUCUCCUAUGCCUCCACAAAUGAAGCCAAACACUACUAGUUUCAACCAUUUCAAUCACCAUAUGCAGCCAAAAUCUUCACCAUCAUCAACUCCUACUAAUAAUAUUCAUCAUCAUGAGUUGCCUAUGUUGCCUCAAUCUUUGCCACAAUCUUCACAAUUGGUUUUCCAAAACCCAAUCAACAAUUCUCAAGCAAUGAUGAAUAGUCAUAUGUUCAUGAUCAACAACAACAAUGGUACUAAUGUUGGAUAUGGUGGUCACCAUGGAUUUUUCAAUUAAUUAAUAAUGUCUUUAAUUUCAAGUAUACCAGCCACUCACACAAACCCUACCUCAUAUAUUUGGUGUCUUUAUUAAUUUUGUUUCAUGUUGUUUAGAAGGUGUCAUUAUUAUUAUUAUUAUUAUUAUUAAUUUCUUUUGGUCUUUAUUUUUUUGUUGUACUUGAUUAUGUUUUUUUAGUGUUAUUUGUAAGAAGAGAUUGGGGGUUUUAAUAGUUAUGAGAAAAGUGGUUUUGGUGGAUUAUUACAUGUAAAUAAUAUUAUUUCAGAUAAUUUAUAUUUUAUAUAAAUUAAAAAUUGCAUUUUCUAUUAAGAAACCGACAUAUAUAUUAAUAUUUAACAUAUAAUUAAUCAAAAUUAAUAUAAUAUCACAGUCUAAUGUUUUUAAAGUAAUUAGUGAUCACAGCUUGCACAUCUAAUUAAUUGCUUGCUUUCUAGAUUUAUAUGUAUAUUAAGAAAACAAAUUAAUUAAUUUUUAAA